AUGGGUGGAAGCAGCAAGAAGAACCGACGCAAGAACCCUGCAGAUGACAAUGAAGUCGAUCUCCUCACUCUUGCUUUCAAUAUACCCACGCGCCGUGACUUUGAACGUGCAGAACGAGAGGUGGCCCAGGAGGAGAUCCACACGCAGGGCGUCCGAGUCCAAUACGACGCCGGCGAAGACGAGUCCUCCCUCCUUUCUCAACCAGACAUCACCCGAUCAGACACUCCCGACGCCGACGAGACGCCAAAGGCUCGCAAGCUCUUCAAGCCUCGCCAUCAGCUUCACGCCAAGGAACACGCAGCUGCUGUUCAAGCUUCGUCCCCCAACGACCAUCUGAAGCCCGCCGACCAAGAGCCGCCCCCAAUGCGACGAGCUUCGCGGCGGGAGUCCAAGUCCUCCAAGGCUCGUGAGAGGGCCUCCUCGAGCCCAGCCUCGUUCAGGGCUCCCUCUCCCGCCUUUGCCAUCCCGGCUUCGGCCACUUUCCCUCGCGCAGUCCCCAAUUACGCCCAGCAAGGUGCUAGUUUCGCUGCUCCAGACGCUUCCACCAGGCCUCUUCAUCCCAGCAUUGGCGGCUAUCAGCCUGUGUUUGCUUAUCCCGCGGUGUCCGUGUACCCUCCGCCGCCUCAAUAUUACUCGCCUGUACCCAGUGAUCCUGUUGCUGGUGGCCACCAAUACGCACCCUUUCCCAUGACCCCAAAACCCGCUGCCAAUGCUCACGCAACCCCCCAACCGUCCGGUUUGGUUUCCCAGCAAGUCCAAGAUAUUCAGAGCAAGCUUGACGAAGUGAUUAUGAAGCUGUCUCAGCACCCAGAGGAUGUUGCUUUGAAGAGCACCUUGUCGACUCUACAGACCAAACUCAACACCAAAUUGAAUUCGCUGUUGGGCAUGGAGACGCGAAAGGAGUCAGAGGCUUCGGAUGUUCCUACGACUCACGAUUCGAAGUCCACACCAGCUCAGCCGCAGGCCGCUGCGCAGCAAGACAAAAGCCACAAGAGGACAAUUCGCCAUCACCUGUGUACCGGCUGCGGCAAUGUUCGCUCUCCCGACUAUCACAACAAGCAUCCCCUCAUCCCAGGAGGCAAUCCUUCCAUGAACUAUUGCGAAGACUGCUUUGAAGAGAAAGUCGAGAAUGGGGACUCAAAGUAUCACUUCUGCUAUGGCUGCGGAGCUGCUAGGUCAAAGGAGUUUCAUCGCAACCAUCCAAUCUCCAGAGGCGAUACACCUUUUCCAAACUACUGCUCGGUAUGCAUCGAGGAAGUUCGAUCUGCCGAGACUAUUGCUGAUGUCUCCAUGGUGAACUUUAAUCCUGGAAGCCGUCCCAACAAGAACGGUGCAUCCCACUACGGCGCCGCGCGCGAUCAGGCUCAGGGCAGCAAAUUCAUCAAUGCAUUUGGGCCAACGCAAGAGAUGAGUGACCAGGAGGAUCAACCAGACGUCUUGUUGUUUUCGGCACACAGCGAAACGAGCGAACAAGUUCACCCUCGGGAGAAGAAAAAGAUUCCACAACCGCUGAAGCUCUCGACGAGCGGUCCCCAGCUGAGCCCCUCGAACUCUUCACCCGAUUCUCCGUACUACCCAGUUCGCCAUGCUGGAACAACCCAGAGGCGAGCGCAGAGAAGCCCGCUGACUAGCCCCGGCAGUCAAUACUGCAGCUCCCCUGAUACUCCGCCCACGCCCAAGUAUCAGCCCCCUUACGUUGAGGAUGUUGUUUCGCCCACCCAAGAAACGAAGCUGCCAUUUGGAGAAACACAGACCGAUCCAACUACGCCUGGCAAGCAGUACUCUCAGGAGAACCGUGCUCAUCACUCUACAAAGGCUGCUAAGCCUGGUAGUCCCCAAGAAACAUCUGACGGCUCUACCGAAGGGCAGACUUUCACUGAUGACUCGGCUCAUUCCAUCGGAAGCAAGUCUGUGAAGUUCAGGCCAAAAGUUGACAUCCGAUUCUCAGACUCUCGUACAUCGAGCAACGCCUCCUCUCAUGCCCAGGUUGUCGAAGAAGAUAUCAAACCAGACGAAGAUACUAUACCCAGCCGUGUGGGCAUAUACGGAACCUCGCCAGUCAAGUCAUCGGGCGGCUAUUACUCGAGACAUCAGACGUCUCACGGCGUACCAUCCUCUGUUGCCGCAGAGGACGAAGCGAACGAAACCAUCCCGGAGAGAAGCUACAGAGGAGCCUUUUCCAAGGACAGCCCCGCGGCUUCGUGGCUGCCCCCUACAUCCAAUGCUGGGAAUUACUGGUACUCGACUCCCUCGGCGUAUCACAGUCCCACGUCCCCAAGCACCGAAAGUUUCACUGGAUAUCGGCCUGGUGCCCGCUCGACCUUCAAUUAUGGCUCCGGUGGUAUUGGAAUGGGGGCUACAGGAGUGCCGCCACCGCUUCAUACAACUCGCAGCAGCCCGGGACAGCCCAGUACCAAGGAGGGCUCAGAAUCCCAAAAGUCUCCCAAGUCCCCCAAUUCUGGCCCACAACAUCAAACGUUUGCUGGAUCCCCCGGCAAUGGCUGGAGUUAUUCUUACUCGUCGUCUUACGGGGGAGGGCAAGCCGACGAGUCCACGUUCAGGAAGCCAUCGCCCUGGAGUACCUUCUCCUCUUGGUAUGACCCCGAAUGUCAUACAAUGCGAGAAGACUCUUCGUACAGUCAGGACUACAGUGACUAUUCUCAGCCGAGUUCCAAUCCUUACUAUCAACCUCGCAAACGAAGCUUUCCGGAUCUGAGCAGCUAUUGCUCCUUCGGCACUCAACCCCGCCGCACUCCCGGCAAAUGGGCAAAAGAGUAUAAAAGCACAACGACAAAGGCGCCCAGGCCGACGCCGUAUUGGAUCCCUGAACCCAUCAUUGAGGAGCCGGAUUCCCCCGACAGUUCGCCGGCAAAGAAGCCCAGCAUGAUCGAGUUCAACAUUGAGAUCUCUCCCAAGUCGACCAGCAAUACCGCCACUAGCUCGUCCCCUGAUUCUGUGGAAGACGACUUGGACCGCAUUGCCGGAUCCGAAACAGAUGGCGACUCCGACGAAGAGAAUGAUCUCAGCAACAGCAGCCUUGACACGCCAUCUCUUGAUUAA